AUGGCCAACGCAUCAGCCUCUGAGACCAGCAUGCCUAGGCUGGGCCUGCGUGCCUUUGCUGUGGUUUUGGCUGUUAUUAUAAUGUCACUCUUUGGAGCCUUAUUCGGCAACAUGGGCUGGGUAUACUACAUUGUCGUCGGCAUCCCAGGAAUCUGGUCCCUGGUCAACCUCGCCCUAAUCGUCUUCAAGCGGCCGGUCCACCCCGGCGCCCAUAUUGCUCUAGAUUUCAUUUUCACAAUCGUCCUGUUGUUUUUCGGAAUCGUCAGCCUUCUUGCCGAGCAAGUGUCUCUUUACGGUGGACGCUCAUCACUGCACUCCUCGUGGCACAUGGCCGUCGCUGCCUUCGCACUCAUGGUUAUUAAUGGUUUGCUCCAUUUCGUUCACUUCGUCCUGGGUUGCUACGAUGUCCACAAGAGACGCCAUGCUUCAUCCGUCGACUACAAUCCUCAGAAGAUCGACUCGGCCUAG